GUUAAUCAGUCCAUCAGUCACAGAACAUCACGUCUAAGAACAUCAUGUCUCGAUCAGUCCUGAACAUCUUCAUCUUCCUCCUCCUCUGUAGAUCCUGCGACUCCAGCCGCAAACUUCUGCUCUUUCUCAUCGAUGGUCUCAGGUACGAUUAUACAGACGAUUUACAAAACCUGGAAGGAUUCAGAGAGAUCGUGGAAAACGGUGUGAAAGUGGAUUACAUGACUCCAGAUUUCCCCAGUCUGUCCUAUCCAAACUAUUAUUCUCUAAUGACAGGGCGCUUCUGUGACGUGCAUCAGAUGACGGGGAAUUACAUGUGGGAUAAAGACUCCACGAAGGAAUUCUCUAUCGGGACAAAUGUGGACAGCCGUUUGCCUCUGUGGUGGGACGGUUCAGAGCCGCUGUGGGUGACCGGGCAGAAACUGGGAAAGAGCGUCUACAUGUACUACUGGCCCGGCUGUGAUGUGACGAUUCUUGGUGUGAGACCUUCAUUCUGUGAGAAAUAUGUGAACAGCCCAUCAGACAAGAACCUGACAGACGCGAUGGAGAACGCUCUCAACAGCUUGAAGAGUAAUAAAGCCGACAUGGCUGCGAUAUAUUUUGAGAACAUUGAUCUUCUAGGACAUUAUUUCGGUCCUCGUUCUCCACAGAUCCAGAGUGCCGUGCGCUCACUGGAUCAGGCUCUCCUACACCUCAACCGUAAAAUCAAGGAGAAGAACAUGAGAGAUGAGGUCAAUGUGGUGUUGUUUUCUGAUCAUGGUAUGACUGUGUUCAAGGGGCAGGAAAAAGUCAUCGAGCUGGACAAAUACAUCUCCAUGUCAAGCAUCAUUAAAAUGAUGGACAGAGGGCCGGUGGUGAGCCUGUGGCCCAAAGAAGACAAGUUUGAGGAGAUAUAUAAAAACCUGAGCAAAGUGAACAACAUGAAUGUUUAUAAGAAGCAAGAGAUUCCAAAUCGAUAUCACUACAGGAACGGGAGAUUCGUCUCGACACUGACCCUCGUGGCAGAGCCCGGAUGGUUCAUCGCUGAGAAUAGAAGCAUACUACCCUUCCCGGAAAACAGCACGGGGCAGGAAGAGUACGGCUUGCACGGUUAUGAUAAUGAGUUUAUAGACAUGAGAGGAUUUUUUAUGGCACAAGGACCGGACUUCAAGACAAAUUACCGCGCUGGUCCCAUUCGAUCAGUAGAUGUGUAUAAUAUUUUAUGCAAGACGCUGGGGAUUGAACCUCUGCCCAACAACGGCUCGUGGUCCAGGGUGGAGAGUAUGUUAAGAAGCUCAACAGAUGUCACACGACCCGCUCUGAUCUGCAGCUUGCUUCUGUCAUUACUGCUGCUCAUACAGUCUGAAAUCUUCUAGAUUAAUCCACAGCGGUUUAUGAAGGACUCCAAUUCACUUUGAUAACAUUGUUCAGAUCUUCAGACCCAAGAGAACUAACCAGAAACAUGUUAUAUUUUAUGCGUUUCAUUCGAGACAUGCUGAGACACACCGCCUGUGUUUUUGAGUUCUUCAUACUUAUGCUGGUAUAUAAUGUACAAUAUCUACUCAAGAAAUUUAUAUUUUAGAAACAUUGUGAUCUUUUAUUCAAGUACUUUUAUCUCCGUUUUAGUUUAUUAAAUAUAUCUGUGAAUGAUCUCUGUAAGAUGGUAAGAACACAGUGAAAAUACUUUUAUUUAUAAUUACUGUAAAAUGUAGUUUCACAAGUAGUUACAAGUUUUAAAUGCAUAGGGAGCAUGACGUAUCAUUUUUAUUUUUGUAACAAUACACUAUCCUCCUUUCAGAACGAACAGGAUUUAUGUUAAUUUUCCCCUCAAAUUGUAAUUUUAUCCUAGUUAUAGCGGGACUCUUAUUUGGAAUUCUAUGGUGAUACUGCAGAAUAACAGUCGUUGAAUAACUGAGAACUUUUUCUGUUUAUAUAUAUAUAUAUAUAUAUAUAUAUAUAUAUAUAUACAAUAUAAAAAUAAGCAACGCAUUCUCACGACGUGAAGGGCACGCGAAUUUACCGUCUUUAUAAAAAUAUAUGAUAGAUAUAAUUUGCAAUGAUAAUCUUUCGGGGUUUAAUUUAAAUUUAAUGUCGAGGAUAAUGCUAUUCAGACAGUUUGAGCAAGUGAUGUAACCGUUUAUUUAGCUUAUCUUUUAUUUAGCUUAUCGUAAAAUAAAACAAAUAAUACAACCAGUCACAAUGUCGUUAAAAAAACAGAUAUUCCAAGUGUACCAACCUGAAACGAUCGAUUUGUAUGAGGAACAGAUGCGAAGAUCACCGUCCACCGUCAAUCUCAAAUCCAGUCAAUUACGACGUUCAAAAAUUGCCGCCAGAGGAAGUUACGUCAGAUUGGAUGUCAUUGGCUCUCCCGUGUCUCGUGACAGAUCAAGACAUUUCUAUUGGCUCCCGCCUUUGAAUAGGAGCCGACUUCAUUUAUUCACGAACACAUAAAGUUAUCGUGAGGCUUUGGUGCAAAAAGGUCUUCAAAACGAGUUGUUUUUUAUAUUUUGUAAUGCUUUCGCUCAGUUUUUGCAAUAAAUACCUGUCACUGUA